GCCUUCCCUCACUAUACACCUCCACACUACCACUAGCACUCCCAUCAUUAUUUCCCAUCAAUGGCUUGCUCAACAAAGCUAUUUUGCUUUGUCGUCCUCCUAGCUCUCCUCUCUCUGCAAACUCAGGCCAGAGAAAGCCAGUUCUUCAGCAAAGUUACCAACAAUAACUAUGUCAAAGACCCGGAGUUUCACAGCAAAGAAGAAGUUGUGAAUAAGCAAGAAGAAGAGCCCACAUUCAUCCCCCAGACCCAAACUGGUUAUGGCCUUUACGGUCACGAGACAAUCGAGGUUUCUCCUACUACAACCACACCCACUCCCACCACCACCACGCCGACAACCUUCGAACCAUACACCACCACUCCUCAGUACAAAACCCAGUCGGAGGAGCCCGUCAACAAGUACCCAAAAUCCUACAAUACUGACCACUACAACAAUAACAACAACAAUUACUACAACAAUGAGAACACCUUUGAGAACACCCAAAAUGGCAGGAGGACUGAGACCAGGACCAGGCUUGCUGGAAGUGGCUACGUGGCUAACCCGAACGGCUACGACAACAACAAUGGUGGUAGCUACCAUGUUGAGAGACAAGGCAUGAGCGACACCAGGUUUAUGUCAGGUGGUAAGUAUUACUAUGACAUUAACAGCGAGAAGAAUUAUGAUCAGAAUCAGUAUGGAAACUCCAGGGUUGUGGACUCGAAGAAUAACUGGUACAACAACAGGGGUUACUAUGGUAAUAAAAAUGGCGGAAACUUGUACGACAAUAAUAACUCCUUUGAAGGGUAUCAGAACCAAGAGGAGUUCCAAGAGAACAAGGAAGAGUUCGAGCCCUGAGCUAGCAAGCUGCGUCGAUGAUCGACAAAGUGAAGCAGAUUGGUUGAUCGAUGAUUCGUUAUAUCUCUUAUAGUUAUCCCCUGUUAUUGGCGUUCGAUAUAUAUGUUUUUAAUUAUGGCUUUUAGUUGGAAAAAGAAAUUAAAUAUGAGCAUAGACUAAUUAAUUUAUCUAUUGAUGGAUGUUAAGUCUAUUUUUGUUUUUCUUUGUUUCGGGUUUGCAUAUAAGGCUUUGGAAAAGCUGAAGUAUGGGAGUAUAAUACUGCUUUUUGUUAUGAAAUGGUCAAUAAGUGUAUAUUGUAAUA